CUCUCUCUCUGUCGUUUGUUUAUGCACUUUUUAUUUUGUUGUCCGGAAACCGUGUCUGCGACUCUCUUACACAUAACACAUUCUUUUCUCUCGUUUUUGUUUUUGGAAUCUCGUUCAGGAUCUUCUACCCUUUUUUCAUUCCUUCUCGCUUCUGGGUUUCUCUUUCUGUCUUUAGCAACGCUCCCACCAAAAAACGUAACUAACUGCUUUGCUUUCAGUUCAGUUUUUCCUAGUGUGUGAAUUGGUAUAUCAAUGGAUUGGAUGAUCAAUAAUAGGAAAGUCUAGCGCAGAAGAGGAAAGGGGAGAGAUGAAAGACGAGUCAACUGGGCUUAUCAUCGGGAUUUCCAUAGGUGUGGUGAUUGGAGUUGCUUUGGCAAUUUCUGCGUUGUUCUGUCUCAGAUAUCAUAGGAAACGGUCACAGAUAGGCAAUAGCAGUUCCCGGAGAGCAGCUGCCAUACCCAUCCGCCAAAAUGGUUUUGAUUCAUGCACUAUUCUAUCAGACUCAACCUUGGGUCCAGAAUCACCUGUGAGGUCUGGACGAAAUGGCACAUCCUUCUGGCUUGAGGGCUUCAAGAAGAGUAGCAACAUGGUGUCAGCAUCUGGAAUACCAGAAUAUUCAUACAAGGAUUUGCAAAAGGCAACAUAUAAUUUUACAACACUCAUAGGACAAGGUGCAUUUGGUCCUGUUUAUAAAGCACAGAUGUCUACUGGGGAGACUGUUGCAGUUAAAGUUCUCGCUACUAAUUCUAAGCAAGGGGAGAAAGAAUUUCAUACAGAGGUUAUGCUGUUGGGAAGGUUACAUCAUAGGAAUCUGGUGAAUUUGGUUGGGUAUUGUGCGGAAAAGGGGCAACACAUGCUUAUAUAUGUGUACAUGAGUAAAGGCUGCUUGGCUUCCCACUUGUACAGUGAAGAGAAUGGUGCUCUGGGUUGGGAAUUGAGAGUUCAUAUAGCUUUAGACGUAGCAAGAGGAAUAGAGUAUCUUCAUGAUGGGGCAGUUCCUCCUGUAAUCCAUCGAGAUAUCAAAUCUUCCAAUAUUCUCUUGGACCAGUCCAUGCGAGCCAGGGUUGCUGAUUUUGGACUCUCGAGAGAAGAGAUGGUGGAUAAACAAGCUGCAAUUCGGGGUACCUUUGGCUAUCUUGAUCCUGAGUAUAUAUCUUCAGGAACAUUCACCAAAAAAAGUGAUGUAUACAGUUUUGGGGUUUUGCUCUUUGAACUUAUAGCAGGCAGAAAUCCUCAGCAAGGUCUAAUGGAAUAUGUUGAGCUUGCAGCAAUGAACAGUGAGGGGAAAGUUGGUUGGGAGGAGAUAGUUGAUUCUAGGCUUGAGGGAAAAUGUGAAUUUGAAGAGGUGAAUGAAGUGGCAGCCCUUGCCUACAAAUGCAUCAACCGUGUUCCAAAGAAACGGCCUUCCAUGAGGGACAUUGUGCAAGUUUUGACACGAAUACUCAAGUCAAGGCACCAAAGGAAUCAUCAUCAUCACAAGAAGUCACUCUCAGCCGCAGGUGAUGAAGUUUCCAUUGAUGUUGAUCAGCUAGAAACCAAGACUUCUCUCACUCACCACCACACAAGAGAAGAAUCUAUAGACAGCGCAGCUGACAUGUAUGAUUUGUAGAAGAUGGUUUUGCAUUUAGCUCAGUUUUUUCAUUAACAUUGAAUUUUUUGUAUUUGCCUUUGGAUGUCAUUUGGCCAUAACUUUAUCGAGGCACCAGUGAUUUGAUGACGCCAGACAUCAUCUUCUGUAAUUGUCAUAACAUUUUUUUUGGUUUCUGUUUCUUUUUUUUUUUUCUCUUACCUCAGUUCUGUCUCACAGAAAUUACACUCAAAAUUUGUAUAGUAACACUUCGAAGAAUGAAUUUGAAGCAACAAAAGGAAAAGUUACCUGUC